CUUCUUUCUCGCUGUCUAAUCUCUGUCAUUCAAGGCCAGAACUUGUAUUACCUUAAAAAUAAAAAUCCAAGUUUCAAGUUGAGGCGACUAUCGUCGAACUGGAAGGUCGAACAUCUAGCCGACCAUCAUGACGAGAGAGAACAUGUCGUCAUGAUAAAUCACGGGAGUCGAUAACCGACAAAGAAUGUUCCCAGACUUCGACGUACAAACCAAAUGGACUCGAACUUGGAGCUUUACGUGCUAUUUGUGCGUCAUGACACUUACCUGCUGACAAGUUACGGAAGUGAACGUCCGCAAAGAAGGAAAUAUAAACGUUACCUCUCUCAAAUGAGAAGUACACCAGUCGAGUUCUUCCUCGUCGCCUUUGUCUCUUCGCUUCGUCUGAAAUUAGCAUGCAUACGGCAUUUUUCAGAUUCUUCGCGUUGGCCUUUGCUGCCGUCCAGUUAACUGGCACACUAGCAAUACUCCCGAGAGCUUCGAGUUCGAGUCAACGGUCAGGCUGUACAGAGCCAUCUACUCGCGUAGAAUGGAACACUUUAACACAAGAGGAGAAAGACGCUUAUUUCGCGGCAGAACUUUGCCUCCUUGCUGCCCCAGCCCAAACUAACAUUCCAGAUGUCGUUUCGCGCUACGAUGACUUGGUCGGUGUCCAUUCUGAACAAAGUGAUUUGUUAGGCGGCAACGAUCGUUGGCAUGAUUUUGUGGUCUCUUUCGUAGAUUCUUACAUGUUCAUCGCUACUUCGUCCAUGCUCACGAAAACACUCUUACGUUCAGAGUGUGGAUAUAUUGGUCCGAAUGAGGUCGUCGACGCCGGUUCAUUCACUACCUCCCCCGUCGUGGUCGACUUUGGUGGGGAAGGCACCGAGGCAAACGACUGGGUCGUCGUUGAUGGCCCUUUUGCUAACCUCACACGGUAUCUUGGACCUGGAUCGACGAAUACGAACCAUAUGAUUACACGGCAGGAGAAUGUGACGUGGUCACUCCAGGCAGGACAGAUAUUCGUGGAAAAUCUACUUGAACUAGACACAUUUGCGACGUUCAAGGAUACGAUGUUUGCUGGCCUUCAUGCAGCCGGACAUAUCGGUAUUGGAGGAGAGGUAUUCGAUGUACAGACGUCGCCUAAUGACCCUAUCUUCUGGAUGCACCAUGGUUAUGUGGAUUACAUGUGGUGGAGGUGGCAGGGCGACAACGAGACUCGUAUCAACGACCUUGAAGGAAUAGGGUAUGAGACACAGAAAGAACCUGAUACUGGUUAUGUUGAAACCAACAAAGACACGGUGUUGUACCUUUUUGAUAUCCUCCCUAAUGCGAUGGUUGGCGACGUGUUAGACACGCAAAAAGGUCUUCUAUGCUAUACUUACGCUUGAUGAGGGUCCAUUGUGCCUUUCCCCCCACUGACAUCGGGA